GAAAGAGAUCAGCACUGCUGCGAACAUUACAUCCCCAACGUGCUUUGGGUAGAUGGGGCAUGACCAAGUGGUACCCGUUUGAAGUGAUAACAUGCGUCAUGAAAAAGCAUAUGCAGUGUGGACAGGAACGGCAUUGGGGUCAUGAUCAAAGGGUCCCGCGAGGAGAUGCAGAGACUCCAUCGCGUCUUGAUUGCAUUCAGGAUCAGAAUAUGCUAGCACGAACGCAGAGACUGGCCAAAGGUGGGUUUGUGGAGGGCAAAUGAGCUGGAGUGAUGUUCAAAGUUUCUUUCUCCUGACUCCGUCGGCUAUGAAAAUUGGUUUCGACCACAUAUCCACUCUUCAAAUGGGAUGGGUGAAGCCGUUCAAAACAUCAAUGGAUCCCGCAGAAGCUACGGCCACUACCCGACAAUUAGGCAUUUCUUCGUAUCUGCUAUGGUAUCGAGAUGAUUAAGAAACCCUGGAGUCAGAUCUGAUUCAAACUUAAUGCCAUCUGGGGAUUCGCUCAUAAUCUGUCUGAAUAACUCUUCUUCCCACCUGCUGCCAACGAAGAAGCUCCUCGGGCAACAGAUUUAUAUUUCUUGGUCCCAUGAAGAACGCCUUCCGAUAACAUGCCCGAAAACUUCGACUUAGAGAUAUGGAUAGAGUAUGUCAUUGGAAUAUCCGCAUUUCUGCUCCGAUUCUUCGCCAGAUGGAAGCAUGUCGGCUUCGAGAAGUUCGCUCUCGAUGACCUCUUCUGCUUCAUUGGAAUGAUAUUCUUUUCGUUUGAUGCUGCCUGCAUAUACACAUCUAGCAGACUUGGCACCACCGCCGGCCUGACAACGGAAACCGCGCGAUUGGUUACCCCCCAGGAGGCUCACAAUCUCACCAUUGGUUCCAAAUGCUUAUUUCUUGCUUGGAUAUGCUUCAUCACUCUUACUUGGACACUGAAGGCAAUACUUCUUUCACUCUAUCACCGACUCACACUUGGCUUAGAGCAACAUAAGAUGAUUAAAUUCGUGGCCGGAUUUUGUAUCAUCUCAUGGACUGCUUGCAUGAUCGCCCAUUUUGCGGUAUGCGUCCCAAUUGAACACAGUUGGCAAGUCAAUCCGUAUCCUGGUGACAAUUGCGUUCUUCGCAGGCCUAAUCAAGCACUCGUUGGAGUUCUCAAUAUCUUAUCAUACAUAGGAAUCAUGGCCAUUCCCCUCCCGUUAUUGUUUGCAGCACGCAUACCCAUCUACCGAAAGCUGAUCCUCGGAGCUCUUUUCUGCUCUGGUAUCUUCGUUACAGCAAUAGUAAUCUUACGGGUAUACUAUGCGCUGAGCGGUGCUGGAUCUCUACGCAGUGUGAUCGCUUGGGCAUUUCGCGAGUCUUUCAUAUCGAUCAUUGCAGCCACAGCCCCGGGGAUCAAACCACUAUUCAAUCGUUCGAACUGGAUCGACACAUCUUCACUCGCUGAAACUGGCACGAAUGGCAAAACAGGUGUAGCUAGUCGUGUACAUCAUUCCACCUACAAAUCCGAAGGGGGAAACAUCACCUCUGUGAUUGGUGCUAAAGAUGGGCCAAGAGGAGUGGGCGGUCGUCAGUAUUUUGAACUUGGGCAUACUGAGAAUUGGCCUGUGACGGGCAAAAGAAAUAAUGUCGAUGUUAAAACUAAGGAACUAAUGACAGAUUCGUCGAGUCAGGAACACAUCAUCCCUGGAAGCGAUGAUAUUGAUGCUAUCCAUGCAACCACUGAUUAUACAUCACCGCGGGACUUUGGGGCGGCUGAUUUGAGCGAUUCUAACGAUACUGAAUUUGAGAAGAACAAAGCUAGUACGGAUUCGCGGUAACAGUUAGCAUUGGACUGCCGACAUGAGUUUGGCAGAUAGCUUUCACUCAUCACCCGACACAAAUGACAAGGGACGUCACGAGAGAAGGAUGCGUGCAGUCUGCGAUUUGCAGCUGGAACCAUCUACUCAAUUCAAUGCUUCUUCCUCGGUCGAAAUCUUCCCUCCGUCAAAGUACGUCGCACUUGGUUCAUUUGAUUAGCACAUCCUGCAAUCUGAUAGUUGGCUUUUUACUUCCAGCGGAUACCCAUUUGAUUUGGUUGGAUAUAUGUUUUGUAUGAUAGCUUGGGAUGACCGUGUACCAGAACACCAGAACACCGGAUAGGUAGUAUAUGUAUAUAUUACAGCAUAGCGCAUCUCGUAGAUGAAUUCUGACACUUUGAGGUUUUGAGUA